UUUUUUUUUUACACUCCCUUGUACCUUCCCCCACCCUCUCUAAGUCUUUGUCGGUCUUUUUAUGUCGCUGUAAUCCCAAAGGAAUCGUUUUGUUUAUCAGGACUUAACACAUGUGGAGGGGAACAGGCGAGCGGAUGUGGUUAGGGGGGAAAAAAAAAUACGAAUGAAGAAAAAAAACUUAACAUGCAAACUACCCAAAGGAGAAGUGAGCGCCAUAAUGCGGUUGUGACUCAUUUUUUUCAUGGUUUCGCCUAAUUUGACUCUGUGUUUUUUUCUUUUUGUCUUCCAUCUGAUCAGCAGACUUCUGCCUGAUGUCAGAACACACAUUUGACUGAGAGGAGCCGAAAAGGCCAUGAGGGCCAGCGGCUUUUACCCACGUUCGAUGGCUCUUUUCUGGGUGCUGCUUUGGUCGCUGCUCCCCCAUCUGGUUCUCGUCUCUCAGCCAGACGGAUGUGAACUUCAGGACGCUUACAGUUCACAUGACGCGGUAAUGGAGUCAUUGCGGUGUCACAAUGACUACGAAGCAUACGUCUACUGCAAGUGGAGGGAGGGGCCGCACAUACGCGCGCCACUGCAGCUCUGGUUCCACACAGAACGCGGCAGGGAGCAAUGUGAGCCCUUUGGCGCCAAGGUCCGAGAUGCGGAUGGGCACAGGACCGUCCGGUGUCGAUAUGAAACGCGUUCUUUUUCCAUCGGCAUUCAACACACGGUCUUCUUCGUCAAGGACGAUGAGGCGCUCUGCUCAUCCGCCCCACGCGAGCCCUUGAAGCUUUCUCAUCUUGUGAGAGCACGCACACCGGUGGAUUUGUCCAAAUACGACACUGCAGAUGGACAGCUGGGGAUCAAAUGGUCCAGUCCUUAUCCCGCAUCUUCUUCCCUGAACAAAAACAUGAUGUACCAACUCGGCUACAAGGCAGAAAGACAAGACGCAUGGACUAUUAAGAAUGUGAGCGGCACAGAGGUCAAACUGGAGACACGACUGCUGCUUCCGGGUCAUAAGUACGAGGCCAGGGUGAGGGCCCGGGCCAGCGUGGGCCACUGGAGUCAAUGGAGUCCCGUGCUGACGUGGAGUAUGAAAGAAGACAGUGGACAGUUUCCCAACUUGUAUUGUGUGCUGGAUGGCGAGAAGAAGGUGAUGUGUAGCUGGGAGGUGAGCCGAGAGCUGGAUCACAUCAUCACCUACCAGCUGGCCUGUCAGCACAACCACACUACACCGUCUAAGAUCUGCUGCAUGCACCCGACCGUGACCUUCGACCGCAGUCGGGCGCUGGUGCGAUACAGCUGCUCGCUGUUUGCCGCAAAGCCCGCACAUCUGCUUCUGGAACUUCGACCAACUCGCAGUGCAAAGACGUUCAGGGCCAAUGAGCACAUUUGUCCCAGGCCACCGCAGCAGGUGAGAGUGAGCGAGAAAGGCAACAACUGGGUCGUGGAAUGGGCUGAACCGAGCACAGCCUCCAAAGUCAGACUGCGUUAUCAAGUGCGCUAUUACAGGACGCAGGAUAAGGGGGCCUCUGUCUUGCUGAACAUUUCACAAGGCUCCACAUCAGUAAGCAUCCCGGGUGCAUUGUUGAACCCGUCCCAGCACCACCGGGUCCAAGUCCGAUCCGUCGUCAUCCCCGGACAGGGUUCGCUCUAUGAAGGGAGUCCCUCCCAGUGGACCGAGCCAGAAGACUGGACAUCGCAUGCAGCUACGUGGCCCAUCACCGUCAUCGUCUAUUUCGGCGUCGGUGUGAUUGUGGUCAUCGUCUUCAUCUUUCUCUCCUGGACCGUUUUAACUUGCAAAAGGAAAAUGAUUCUUUGGGUGGGCGCAGUUCCUUCUCCCGGCAAAAGCAAAACCCUGUCAGAGAUCAAGAAAAAUAUUUCUAUGAUCCAGUCUGCCACCAGCCGGGCCCUGAUCGAGAACGAGAACACUUACGUCUGCAAAGUGCAUCAAUUGUACAACUUAUCGAGAUGCAUCUCCCCAAGCUCCUCGCUGCGGCCAACUGAGGGUGCAGAAAAUAAAGAUUUGGAGCAGGACCGACAGGACUUGAAGUGUAAUAGCGUGGCCCUCCCUGCUGAGAAGGUUAAUGGCUGUGACCUCCCAGUGCACUUCAACGGCCCAUAUAUCUUCUGUCAGUCAUUCGACUCCAAACGCUUGUGUGAAGAGACAACGGAGAACAAAGUAACUUCACCAGAUGAUCCUCCGUCGGUGGUCUUCUCCAUGAACGGAGAAGGUUACGUGUGCCUCCCCCGUGGCAGCAUCUCCACGUCCACCUCGGAUCUCGUUUCGCACUGGGACAACGACGCAAACACGCAAAGGCGUGAGCAGAACCGCCGGUGUGCAGGUAACACAGCGUGGUCCGAUAAGAUGGUCGACAUCAGGCCCGACAGCGGUGACCCGCCUCCGGCGUACAGCUCAGAGAUCUCCUGCCCCACAGUAAAUGCCUCAGGGUACUGUCUUCUGCCCCCUCCCUCUUGAGAGAAGUGGAGCUUGCUUUUUGCAAGGCAUUUGAGCAUUUAUUCAUUAUCCUUGACAUCCAGCUUAAGGUCCAUGUACUAGUUGCUGACACUCUUUAAAAGUCAGACAAUUAAUUCAGUGGCAAGUAGAACAAUUAGCGCCCACUAGAGCCUCGCAUGAAUUGUCUGGUGUCGUUUUUACACCGGAUGCCGUCUUCGCAAAAGGCAACAGCAUGGACCGCUACACCACCACAAGUACAGUGCCACCAAAAGGAUGCCUUUCACCCUUAGGUUAAGGCCCAAAUUGUUUACGAGUACCAUGAGUAAGAGGCAGAUCAACUGCCUGUAGCACGAAUUGGGAUAUUUAGGGCCAGACUACCACAAGGGGAAAAAUGCUCAAUUGUUGAAAAGAUAUUGAAUAAAAGCUCAAACUACUUCCCAUACCAAAUGCCUAAAAAAAAAAGAAAAAAAUCCAAUUGGUGUGUCACAUCUGACCAGUGGGGGGCAGUAGUUAGCUGGAAACCAAAACUAAUCUUGUGUCAAGGAGUUGCAGCAUCUUUUUACUGAAACAAUCACUGUUAGUCCAAUCUAAUAGCGCAAAUAGUCAUGUUAUUUCCCUCUCGGAGAGAUCUUCAAUUAACAGUAUGUUUAUAAUUGUGGCUGCAGCUUUCCGUCGAACUUCCUUGUAUCGCGCGGAGUAGCCUUUCAAGAGUUUUCGUGAGCUACAUCAACAGGGGGAAUGCAUUCGAAAACAAUUCACAUUUUCGACAGGACGGAGAAUUUUUCAUCGAUCCGAGCACUUAAGAUGUUGUUUUUAAAUAAAGUACUCGAAACUCACUCGAUGGUGCGACUGUACCUAAUGUCAUUGCAGAUGCAUUCUUGUUUACACACAGGACGCAUACAUGCCGAUCUCAUCGACAUCAGAAAACAAAAUCUCCUAUGCUAAUUAUCUUUUGUUGCCUCAACUGAAAAGCCAAAAAGUGAAGUGCUGAAAUUCAUAAAUUCAUAGAUACCGUGAUGUUUGCUAUGUGGUCAUGUAUGCGUGUUUGCAUCGAGGUGUGCCUUUUUGUAACUUGUUGUCAAUGUUGAAACUUGCCAAACGCUGUACAGAAUAUUAUAAAAUAUGUCCUUUAUAUUGCGAUGUGUGUGUGUGUGUGUGUGUGUGUGUUAAAACAUGUAGCCAGUGAACAGGUUAGGUUACAUUGAACAAUUGGGUGUCCGUAAUUGGUGCCCGUACAAAAAGUUGAAGCCAAUUUGUUGGGUUACAGUUGCCUCAAAAGUGGCCCAGUUUGAGCCCUCCCAAACUCUUCUGGAAAAAAACUAUGCCUGAAAUGUCCAAUAAAACAGCUUUAUUAGGCUUUUUGUAUAGGUCACACCGUCCACUAUAAUGAAUUUACACGCUUAUAUACCGGAGGUGUCAAACGCCUGAGUUGUUCAUUGUUAAACUCCUCCAACCAGAAAAAAACUGUAGAAAUAGAUCAAUAUUCCGAGGGUGUCAGAUGUUAUAAUUGGGUGUCCGUAUAAUUUAGUGACGUGGCUGAUUUGUGCUGCACCUGCCUUCGCACUCUUAAACAACACUCGAAACAUAAACACCUCCUGUCAGACACCACUUAAGAACGUUUGAAAGAGGUUGGUCCAAAAAACUGCUUUUUUUUUUUUUUUUUUUAAUGGUGCAGAAGUCCAGUUCAGACGUUACACAGAAAUCCUGCAGUGUCUCUUUUUCUUAUACAAACAUUAAAGAGAUGAAGCAAAACAUAAAUAAAACAUUUCAUGUAAGUGUGAUUUGCGGUUUAAGGUUCACGCGCAAGCGGCACAUUGGAUGAGUGAUUAUACAUCCGCCUCACAGGACUGUGGUUUGAAUCCGGCUUGCGGACUUCUUUUGAGGACAUGCAUGUUCCUCCUGUGCUUUCGUUGGGGUUUUCCAGGUCUAGUUUGACUGUGUAUCUGCUUUUUUUUUUGUAGCAUGUUUUUGGAUGACAACAGGGCUAAAUACUGAACAAACACCUGCUGUCACCGAGGAAUUGAAAAAAGAAAAAUAAUGGAGGUGGUCCGUCAUUUGCAGUAUGCGGAAUGUGCUAUGGAAAUGUUUUUCGUAUUUCUGCAGAUCACUGGGGCACAGUCAUGCUGGAACAAAAACGGGUCUUUCCCAAAACCUUCCCACCAAGUACUUCACAGUGGAACCAAAUGUGAACACAAUCUGUUUGUGACGCUGUUUGACGUCCAAGUUGUUCUCAUUUCAAAACAACAUUUCCCCUAGGAAACAAUGUCAAGUGAAUUCAUUUGUUCCGGGAUGAUGCUGUCAUCAUAAUUUAUAGAAAAUUAUCGUAUUAUAUAUGUAUAAUAUAUGUAUAUAUAGUUGACGUUUUAUCAGAAUAAUGACAAGUAACCUGCUUGAAAACACAUUAAAACUAAAUUAAAGUAAAACCGCUCACCUGACAGACACGUAAUGGACAGGGAACAGGAGGCUGCAUGAGAGCAUUAAGAAUGUUUGGGCUUUCGGGUUGUUUCAUUUCCAGGUUCCGUUUAAGUAGUCGAAUUAUUAUUUUCAAUGCGGUAAAAAAAUGCUGGCAAGUUUCUCUGUUUAUUUUCCUGCUCGUCAUGAGCUAUUGUGUGCUUCGGCUAUGAUUAUUAUUUGCAUAAUUCAUUUGUCAUAUAUUGUACCCCAGCAGCUGUACCCUUUCCUCUGUCUCGGUCAGUUUUAUUUCUUGUUUUGUGGUGGACGUCACAACUUUCCUCCUCACUAUCUAUCACUGGUACUCUUCUGGGAAGACAUC